CCUGCAUUCACUAUAUCGGUCUCCCCGGACCCUGCAUUCACUAUAUCCCGGGUCUCCCCAGAUCCUGCAUUCACUAUAUCUGGUCUCCCCAGAUCCUGCAUUCACUAUAUCUGGUCUCCCCAGACCCUGCAUUCACUAUAUCUGGUCUCCCUGGACCCUGCAUUCACUAUAUCUGGUCUCCCUGGACCCUGCAUUCACUAUAUCUGGUCUCCCUGGACCCUGCAUUCACUAUAUCUGGUCUCCCCGGACCCUGCAUUCACUAUAUCUGGUCUCCCCAGACCCUGCAUUCACUAUAUCUGGUCUCCCCGGACCCCUAAUUUACUAUAUCUGCUCUCCCCGGACCCUGCAUUCACUAUAUCCGGUCUCCCCGGACCCUGCAUUCACUAUAUCUGGUCUCCCUGCACCCUGCAUUCACUAUAUCCGGUCUCCCCGGACCCUGCAUUCACUAUAUCUGGUCUCCCCGGACCCUGCAUUCACUAUAUCCGGUCUCCCCGGACCCUGCAUUCACUAUAUCUGGUCUCCCAGGACCCUGCAUUCACUAUAUCAGGUCUCCCUGGACCCCACAUUCACUAUAUCUGGUCUCCCCGGACCCUGCAUUCACUAUAUCUGGUCUCCCACAGUACACAGAACAUAGAAAUGCAAUGAUUUCAGUACAUAUAAACUGCUAAAUACCCUUUCUUAUCAGCAGUAUAUAGCAGUCUUGUUAUUUCUAUCUUGUGAUUUGUCUCCAGCAGAGCACAUGUUAAAGCUU